AUGGAAGAAAAACAAAAUAAAGAAAAAACACUUAUUCCCAAAAAAAAUAAAGUAAAAAAACAAUUAAAGAGUAAGAAAUCAUCAAAAAAAACCCAAGCAGUUCGAUUAUAUGAGAAAGGAGUUAUAUUAGGAUAUAAAAGAUCACAGAGAAAUCAAGAUCCUAAUUUUACAUUAAUAGCUAUUAGAAAUGUAAAUACAAAACAACACGCUCAAUUUUAUGUAGGAAAGAGAGUGGCUUAUAUAUAUAGAACAAAUAAGCAUCAUAAUGGAGUGAAAAUUAAAUGUAUUUGGGGAAAAGUAUGUAGAACUCAUGGAAACAAUGGAGUAAUAAGAGCUAGAUUCAGAACUCACAUUCCACCAAAAGCAUUUGGAGAUAGAGUUAGAAUCCUUAUGUACCCAUCAAAUAUUUAA